AUUUGCCCAUUUCCUUAUUGUUUAUUGCACAGAGGUUUGGACAGCUGGGUGUGGAUGUACCUACCAUCUACCAACCCAGACAUCGUCAAGAACGAGGCUUGUCGCAACGACGUGAAUUCUGUCUACAAGACCCUCACCAACUCAGUGAUUUUCAACCUCGUCUUACUCAAGGGACACUACUGGCCACUCCUGUUGCCAGACUCUUGGGGCAAGGUACCAGAUGGAAUACUGAAUGGAAACUUCCAGCCAUGGGGAAUGAUGGAGGAAUGCAUUGGGCUGCAUGUUCAUGAGUUUAUCAAGAACAUGAUCAACACCACCUUCGACGGGAAGUACUGCGCCAUCUCCUUUAGUGACCUGCAGAACAACACAGAUGAGGUCAGCCCGAGUGUGCAACCACGUAUAAAACUUGUCUUGCCUUCUUUUCCAUUGUCUUUUUACGGCACCUGCAUGCCCUCCUCCUGCACCGCUGACGACCUCAAGGUGACUCUGGACGACAGACUUCGUACCUUUGAGAAGAAGGCACGCGUAGUAGACUGCCAGACAAUGCAAGAUACCGUUGACCUGAAUGCUGCUGACAUUGCUGUUAUUGUUAUACUGUGUAUAUUCGGUAUUCUCCUGUUGGCUGGUGCGGUCUGUGACAUCUCCAUUAACUUCUACAAUAAGCAACAUUAUCGGAAAGGUCCCCUGCGGUUCCUGUUGGUCUUCUCCGCCUAUAGCAACUUGAAGAAAUUUUUACCAUAAAUAAGAAAGAAAACCCUGAGGUGAUUUCCUGCAUUCACGGAAUGAGAGUGUUAUCUAUGACCUGGGUAGUGUGGGGCCAUAGCUUCUUCAUGUUAUUCUUCUCCUCUUCCAACAUUCUCGGUAUUCAGUCUGUAACAGACGACGUGAUAGAUGAGACUGCUGAUAACGCGACUUUCAGUGUGGAUACCUUCUUCUUCAUUGGUGGCCUCUUACUGACUUAUGGAAUCCUCAAUGAGUACAGCCGAGUUGGAAAGGUCAACUGGAUAAUGUAUUAUGUACACCGUUUCAUCAGGU